AUGGACCCUCCAUCGUCAAAUCCCUCCACCGCCUCCCCCUCCACCGAUGAUGCGAGACAUACAAGUACGCCGAGAUAUAGAACUAGCAGCACGAGUACGAACAAUCAUCGUCGCCAGCAGCCAUCCUCCGCUGUCGAACCCUCCGAGCCGGACAGUUCUCGAAGACGCACCAUCUCAUCCUCCCUCCCCUCGACGACGUCGCUUUUCCCUCACCAACGACAGCAGCCGCGCUCGCAGCAACAACAGGAGCAGCAGCAGCAGCAGCAGCAGCCGCAGCAGCCGCAGCAGCACGAGUCAGGACAUCGGCAUGCCCGCAGCAUCUCGGCGUCCUCUCUGAACAGCUCCACCCCCGCUAGCAAGAGUCGGUAUGCUGAACCGGGUACUUCGGAGGUCCACGCCGAACGAUCCAGCGUCUCCGCCGCUUCCAGCUCACCACCAAUUUCCCUACGAGCUUCUCAAACCCUGCGACUGCACAGCCGGAGGCAGUCGGGCACAUCGGACGCCUGGAGCGAAGAUCUCGUCGGAGAACCCCAUUCGCCGCCCGACGACACGGAAACGCCCCGCCAGCGACUUGCAUCCACCUUCGACAGCGUUGCCAACCCAUACCUGUCCGAGCCUGCACUGCCGUUGACGUCGACCAUCUCUGAUAUCCAGUCUAAGCGCCUGUCCGGGAACUCCCUCUACUCCUUUGGCUCCGUCCGCGGCGGCCGAAACUCGUCGCCUACCAUCUCCGGUUCGGAACCUGGAGCACCGCCUCGUUCGGUCCCAAGUCUGAUGUCGUCUGGAAAAACGAUAGGCUCUGCGCCUUCCGAGGCCAGCCUGUCGAGCGUCACUGUCACCACCUCGUCCGGCAGCCAACCGGGCCCGAGCAACGCGGCACCUGGACAGCAUAACCUCAUCCCGAGGGACCCUCACUCCCAACCUUUGGACCUCAUGAAGAGGGGUCAGCGGCCGGAGUCCAGCAUGCGAGCACAGCCCGAUCGAUCGCGGAGUCGAGCUAAGAGGCGCUUUAGCAGCAGCACCGCGGCUAGCAGCCACAGCCCGAGCAGCGAACGUGCGGUGAAUCAUCGAGAAAAAGAGGAGAGUACGUGCUGGCCGAAAUCCUGA